CGUGCCACGCAUCCUCACAUCAGAUUCGUCUCACACGGUCGCUGGCAUGGGACGCUCAUCAGUCAUAGCGCGGAUGCAUUCAGAUUUGGAUUCGCGCCUCUUCCGUCUCUCACCUUUGCUGUGCUGCGAGCCCACAUUGUCUGCGAGUGGCAGUUGACCGCCCCGACCACUUCAGAGACCAAGACAAUUGCACCGCCAGUCGACAGCGCCGGCGUCGUCAAGGGGCUCUGCGGCUGCCAACCCGGGCAGAGAUGACGACUCUCUUCAUGAGGAAGAGGAGAGUAUCCGGAUUCUGGACCUUCGACAACCCACAACCCUCUUCGCCGACGACAGAGUCCAUGCUCCCAGGCAAGGGUGUCCGCCGAGCCUCCAGUCUCCGUGAUCACAUCAAGCCGUUGGUCCGCCCAAAGUCGCUCAGCAUCGACGGCGAUCCGUCAAUCUCGUUUCCAUGGAACUUCCAGCACACCAUGCAUGUGGACGAGCAUAUGAAUGGGCUGCCGGCGUCAUGGUCUGCACAGCUUGCCGAAGACGGUAAGUCUGCAAGUAAGCCCGAGAAGAACAGGCAUUCCCUAGCGGCGCUUGAGCGGGAGAGUACGAGGGUGGACGCAUGCUUGCCAUUAGUGAAGCCUCUGUGGUGCCAGCGUCGGAACACGGUAUCUGGUGACGGCACUGAGGAGCCGCAGAUCUCGGGUCCUUGGAAUGUGCAGCACAACAUGCACGUAGACGAGCAUUACAACGGCUUGCCCCCGGCCUGGGCGAUGACAAUGUCCAAAGCGCCCGCGGCACUUUUGAAGGGCGACCCGAGCAUUACUCUUCCGUGGAACUUCAAGCACCAAAUUCACGUCCAUGUUGGACUAGAUGGCAUCCCGCGAGGGAUUCCUCCAUCGUUGCAUGCCCGCCUGAGCGAGAUGGGUUUCAGCGAAGACGAGAUCGCUGCCAUCCGCGCACAUUCCUGAUCGCCUCAUCUGCCCACUAUGUCUCGACCGCGUUUGUUUUCCAACUGAGCUAUGCUAACUUGUCGUUGCUGUUAUUUAUAUCCCGUCCCCUGGCGUGCCGGUGCUUUUCGUAAUGGUGGUGGGCAGGUCCUGCCCGUCGCUAGUGUGGUAGUUGCUCGACGUAUUUAUUGACUCGGCUACUCGGUCUCACACAAGCAGAAGUUUUGUCGUAUUGUGGUGUUUCUUGAAUACAAAGCUCGCACAAGACUGGCAGUGAAAGUGGCAC